UGAUAGGGGGGAAAAUCCGAACGGCGGCGGCGGCCGCCAUAUUGCGGAGCUGUCACAGCGCCCGCCGCGCUCCGCGCCGCGUCCCCGGCGAGCAGCGCGGGGCGGCCCCGCAGCGCCUCCUGCCCCGCUGCGUGGGGGCGGCGGGGGGGGACACACCGCCCCGCAGGAGCGGAGAGCGCCGCGCCCCAAGCACCCUGCCCCGGGGGCUCGUCCCCCCCCUCCGCUCGGCGCCGCGGAGGGAGCGGAGUCCCAGAAGGGGGCAAAGAGUUUUUGGAAGAUAUAAGUGGACAGGAGACUACAGAAAACAAGAAAAAUGCCGAAACCAAUCAAUGUCAGAGUAACCACAAUGGAUGCAGAGUUGGAAUUUGCCAUCCAGCCCAAUACAACAGGCAAGCAGCUCUUUGAUCAGGUGGUGAAAACUGUUGGUCUUCGUGAAGUCUGGUUUUUUGGACUGCAGUAUGUGGACAGCAAAGGCUACUCAACUUGGUUGAAGCUAAAUAAAAAGGUAACACAGCAAGAUGUACGGAAAGAAAAUCCUUUGCAGUUUAAGUUCAGGGCCAAGUUUUUUCCAGAGGAUGUAUCUGAAGAAUUAAUUCAGGAAAUAACUCAGAGACUUUUCUUCCUGCAAGUCAAAGAGUCAAUCUUAAAUGAUGAAAUAUAUUGCCCACCAGAAACUGCAGUUCUUCUGGCUUCUUAUGCUGUCCAGUCCAAGUAUGGAGAUUACAGUAAGGAGAUCCAUAAACUGGGCUACCUAGCCAAUGACAGGCUUCUCCCCCAGCGUGUGUUAGAACAGCACAAACUGACAAAAGAACAGUGGGAAGAAAGAAUACAGAACUGGCAUGAAGAGCACAGGGGAAUGUUAAGGGAAGAUUCUAUGAUGGAAUACCUUAAGAUAGCACAAGACUUGGAAAUGUAUGGAGUCAACUAUUUUGAAAUAAAGAAUAAAAAAGGAACUGAAUUGUGGCUAGGAGUUGAUGCUUUGGGUCUGAAUAUUUAUGAGCACGAUGAUAAGCUGACACCCAAGAUUGGUUUUCCUUGGAGCGAAAUAAGAAACAUCUCUUUUAAUGACAAAAAAUUUGUCAUAAAGCCAAUUGACAAAAAGGCCCCUGAUUUUGUUUUUUAUGCACCCCGUCUGAGAAUUAACAAGCGAAUUUUGGCACUGUGUAUGGGAAAUCAUGAAUUGUACAUGAGGCGGAGGAAACCUGACACAAUUGAAGUGCAACAGAUGAAGGCCCAAGCUAGAGAAGAGAAACAUCAGAAACAAUUGGAAAGGGCACAGUUAGAAAAUGAGAAGAAAAAAAGGGAGAUAGCAGAAAAGGAAAAGGAAAGAAUAGAGCGUGAAAAGGAGGAAUUAAUGGAGCGCUUAAGACAAAUUGAGGAGCAAACAAUGAAAGCUCAGAAAGAGUUAGAGGAACAGACUCGAAGAGCUCUAGAACUGGAUCAAGAACGGAAGCGUGCAAAAGAGGAAGCAGAACGCUUGGAAAAAGAGCGUCGAGCAGCUGAAGUAGCCAAAGCUGCUCUAGCCAAACAGGCAGCUGACCAAAUGAAGAACCAGGAGCAGCUAGCAGCAGAAAUUGCUGAAUUCACAGCCAAGAUUGCACUUCUAGAGGAGGCCAAGAAAAAGAAAGAAGAGGAAGCUUCAGAAUGGCAGCACAAAGCUUUUGCAGCCCAAGAGGACUUGGAAAAGACCAAAGAAGAAUUGAAAUCUGUCAUGUCUGCUCCUCCUCCACCUCCACCCCCACCAGUUAUUCCUCCAACAGAGAAUGAACACGAUGAACAUGAUGAGAACAAUGCUGAAGCCAGUGCAGAACUGUCUUCUGAUGGUGUCAUGAAUCACAGGAGUGAGGAGGAACGGGUAACAGAAACACAGAAAAAUGAACGUGUUAAGAAACAGCUCCAGGCUUUAAGUUCAGAGUUGGCUCAAGCCAGAGAUGAAACCAAGAAAACACAAAAUGAUGUCCUUCAUGCAGAGAAUGUUAAAGCAGGCCGCGAUAAGUACAAGACUCUCCGGCAAAUCCGACAAGGCAAUACAAAGCAGCGUAUUGAUGAGUUUGAAGCAAUGUGAGAGCUGGUAUUUUGCAUAUAUGUUCCUCCUAAAGCUGAACCACCAACAGAGAAAAAAAGCAGGCCUUUGCAGAUUUGAUGGAUUGCACCCCACUUUGCCAAAGCACUUAAUACCAGGUUGACUACAGUGACUAGAAGACAAAUUUAGGGGAAGCUAUUCAACAGUAAGGCAGUUUGUUACCCCUAGGUUUUGGGUGUGGGGAGGGUAUGAAGGUUAAUAGCAGGUUUUUUUCCUGUUGUGUUUUCAGUUUCGUUGUUUAUUUGGUUUUUCCCCCCCCUUUGGAAACAGACGUGAAGUAUAUAAUGACUGACAAGUGUAUAUGUUGCUUAAACAAUAAGAAAUAGAAGAAUUGAACUGUACCUAAACUGAAUAGGUACAAUUAAAGUACGAAUUUUGAAAUUAGUUUUCAAAGCUACUCCAUUAAGAGUUUGAUAUUGCUCACUUUCACUUUUGGUUGGUUUUUAUCUUGUUAUGUCUUGGGGGGUUUUAUGUUUGUUUUGUUUUUUUUUUUUUCUCCCAUGUGAAAUUCUUUGGUGUUUCAUGUCCUGUCAUCAUUGAUGGUUUUCUUUGCCUACCUGUUCACAAAGGUCUGGAUGGCAGGUGGUAGUUCCAGGAAAUGUUUUUAAAUGGAACACUACCUGUGGUGCAGCACAUGGCUGCUGAUAGGCGCUUGAGUAAGUUUUGCUUUUCCUAGGUGAUUCUUUUAGAUGUGCAAAAUGUUCCAAUGCAGCAAAGAGGGGAAAAAAUAAACAAGCUUAAUGUGCUAUUUGCUUGUAAUUAUUUUAUUUGCAGUAGGGAGACCUGGACCUUUCUGGCAAGGGAGCAUAUGAAAACAUCAGUCCCAGGGAGGGGACAGUAUCCUACCUCACUACUAUGUACAUGAUGACUGGUCCUUCAAACACCAUGAAAAAAACUUUUUAAAUUGACUGUCACUACACAGUAACAUGAAAGAUUUCUAGGAGCCCUUACUCCUAGGAUUUUAUUUUGGAGUUUAUGAUGGAUUUAUAGUGCUAAAUACUGUCUAACUGCCUUCUGUUGAGUUUAAAUUGUAAAAGCAUCUGGUGUGUUUUAAAGCUGUAACCUGUCACUGGUAUACUAUAUUCUGGGAGGGGUGUAGAAUGUAUGUGUCAGUCAGUUUGGGUUUCAAAUACAAAAUGAAACUUCCCAGAAUUGGAGUGAAAGUGUUUGUAGCUUCAGUUUUCAGUGAAGCUAGUAUCUUAAUUGUUGUAUCUGAUGUCAGAUUAUUAAGUCCUUUCCCUCUUGAAAAGGAAACCUGUUCUUUUGAGAAAUUUGCUUAGAAAUUGAACUUUAGUAAUAACUUCACAGUUAAUGUGGACUUCAGUUACUCCCUAUGUUAGAGUACCCCAGUAAAUAUCGACAGUGGAAGAACUUAGGCUUCUCUGAGGAUGGUUCAGCUUUUUUUUCUGUUUGAUAUUAUGCACUCAUAAAUUUACACUUAUCUAUUAAAAUUUGCCAUUUUAUUAAACAUUUUUUUUCAUGCACAACAGGUCUAAAUUUCUCAUGAACAGUCUGACUAAAUUUGUUUUUUUUAUUUUGUGGAGUAGAAGUUUGGCUAUGUGGGGUGACAUCAUGAAAAUUAAAUAAAGAUACGUUAAUAUAUUUUUGGUUUGUGGGGCUAAACAUAUCUGCUUGAUCCUGAAGACUGAUGUGCAGAUGCUGUGCACAUGCUUCAAAAUGCUGCUUGGUGGAAGUUGGUGUUUCAACUUGCAGUGCAUUUUAAGAACAGUUUUUGUUUCACAGGCUUCAUGCACCGAAGCUUAAGCAAAUUUUGGAAGUAUUUGAACAGUUUGCCAUGGCAGGUGAAAUACUGUGCUUCCAGUGAGUUUUCAUUUUUCCCUGAAAAGUGUGCACUAACACUGAUCCAUCAGUUUCAGUGUUGGGAAAAAACACCAGUAAAGAUUGCUAUUUAUAAUUCUACAAAAUGUAGGGUAGGGCUAAAUGGAUUAGAUCCAUUUAUAAAGCUGUGUGUUUUUGUUUUUUUGGGUUUUUUUUUUUUUUGGUUUUUUAAAAUUCAAACAACCAGGAACAACCAUUUGUAAUACAGGUUUUCACAAUGAACAAAGUGGUAAUAGCUGCUGUCAUCAGCAGUUGGGAACACUUACUGGUGCAGAAAUACUAAGAAUACAUCUAAUGAUUACUUGGUGAAGUAAUUUUCCACAUGCUUUUUCCUUUAGCAUCAUGUUUUGUGUUGUACAAUUAAGCUACAAUUACAUCUACUAUUUUGGAUAACAUUCAUUGGUUAACAAUAAAGAGAUACAGUUAA